GAGGGUAACUAGUUGGGCUGUUGAACAAGGAGGAACUCCAGAGUGAAGAAUAGGCAUGGGGAUACUCUAUUCAGAGCCCAUCUGUCAGGCAGCUUAUAACAACGAUUUCAAUAAAGUUCAUCUGCUUUUGGAGCACAACAGCAACUCUCUGAAUGUCCAGGACAGCUUCAGUGGAGACACCCCCUUAAUUUGUGCAUGCAGACAAGGAAACAACAGGAUAGUUAACUAUCUUCUUAGAAAACAUGCUAAUGUCAACCUCAGAAAUAAGAAGGAUCGCACUUGCCUCCAUUAUGCUGUGAGAAAACGGUUCACCUUCCUGGACUAUGUGCUCAUCAUAAUCCUCAUGCCAGUUAUGCUUAUUGGAUACCUUCUCAUGGUCUCAAAGACAAAACAGAAUGAACACCUGGUUAAGAUGUUGCUUAGAGCUGGAGUCGAUGUGAAUGCUACAGACUCUUCUGGCAGCACAGCCCUUCACUAUGCUUGUGAAAUGAAAAACCAGGCAGUCAUUCCUCUACUGCUUGAGGCUCAUGCAGACACUUCUGUAAAGAAUCAGGAUGGGGAGACUCCCUUAGAUAUAGCAAGAAGAUUACAGUUCCGCAACAUUGAAAGCAUGAUAAGAAAAGAUUCUUAGCUAUCAAGGACUCUCAAACAUGAAGAAAAUUACCUCAUCUGACAAUCCACCUUUCACAACAGCAGAAGUCCUGCAGAGGAUGAGGGCUGAUACUUGAUAAAGACUCAGUCUAUAUCCACCCAUUCCCUGCUGCAGACUUGGACAAUUUUCUGUGAGAUUUGUCAGUACCCCAAGGCCAUGACUGGGCUGAAAGAAGUUAAUUUUAUUUUCUAAACCAUGAAUUACUUCAAUAGUGUUCAAAAUAUUGCCCUUUCCAUCUGUUUCAUCAAUUUCAUUGCUUGACUUCUGCAGACUGUGGAUUUUGAAAGCUAGCUAUAAAAUAUCUAGAAGCCUAAACAUUGCAUAUGAUGGUUGGCAGCCAAUGCAAAAAUAAAAUAUCCUUUAGAGUGUGUGUUACUUGUUCCAUAGGGGAACUAAACAAUAUGCUACAGCAGUUAUAAAAGGUCUGGUACCCUUCUUCUCUUUUUUUUAUUUCUCUUCCUACAAUGGGAGGGGCUGGGAAAAGAGAUCUCUCAGUUGAGCCCCUCCUCCUUCCAUCCUUCCAACAAUUUUCACACACCUU